UCCUCCAGAGACACCUCCUCCAGAGUCACCUCCUCUAGAGUCACCUCCUCCAGAGUCACCUCCCCUAAAGACGCCUCAUGCAGGAAACACAAUGGCCACGACAGGCCCUGCACACCAGAGGAGGAGAGGGUGGAGAAGGUUGCGGCAGAGACCCCGUGCGUAGCGUUAAAUGAGGCUCCAGCCAGGUGUGAGGAGACUCCCAGAGAUGAGGAGGAGUCGGGGCCGCGAGUGAUCCCAACCCUGCCAGGCCUUUGCCCCGCCCCCACCCCGAGCCCCUCCCACCAGAAGGAGCACACAGAAGACCAGCGACUACAGUUGCUGGAGAGCCAGCUUGAGGAUGAGCGAGGCAAAAAUAAGCAUCUAGAAGAGGAGGCGGAUCUCCUCAGGAGGAAGGCACAGCUGAUUGGCCAGGCCUGGGUUGAGAAUGAGGAGCUGAGGGAAGACCUCUCUGAAGUGACCACUCAACGUGAUUCAGUUCUCAAGGAGAACCAGAGACUCCGUGUCAAACUGGAGAACCUAGAACAGGUCUUAAAGCAUAUGCGAGAGGUCGCCGAACGAAGGCAGCAGCUGGAACUGGAACAUGAGCAGGCUCUGGCUAUCCUCAAGUUCAAACAGAACGAGAUCAAACGACUACAGCGGGCUGAGUUUUUCGCCAAGAGGGAGCAUGAAGGAGUGGUACAGAUGCUGGAGUCUAAGGUGCGGGAGUUGGAAGAUAAGUGUCGCAGCCAGAGUGAACAGUUUGGCCUUCUCAGCCAUGAGCUGGAGGCCUUCAGACUGCACGCCGGCAAACUGGACCUGUCUGGCUCCGCCAUCCUCACUAACCCCGCCCUCUCCCAUCUGACCAACGGGGUGGGCCCCCCUGGAGAUGUGGCAGCAACUCUCCGGAUGGGGGCCACCCCUCACGCUGCGGGUCUCACGCGCUCCCCCACCACCAAGCACCGUGAGCUGCCCACCAUCAGCCUGACCAAGUCCUCCAGCACCCCCAAGUCUGCCUCUGACACCACCCACCUCUCCCCCAAAUCAGCCGAGUCACACCACAGCCCACGCAGGACCAGCCCCACGCCACACGAGGUUGACACGGCCAGUGAAGUGGAGGAGUUGGACAUUGAUGUGUCCCCAGCACCUUACACCGCUCCCAGAGGAGCUUCCCAGCUACAGGUAUUCAUCGCCAGAUACAGCUAUAACCCCUAUGAUGGUCCUAAUGAUGGGGUGGAGCUACCACUCACCGCUGGGGAGUACAUCUAUGUUUAUGGCGGUAUGGAUGACGACGGCUUCUAUGAAGGAGAGCUGAUGGACGGGCGGAGAGGGCUGGUCCCCUCCAACUUUGUGGAGCGCGUCUCAGACGACGACAUGAUGAGCGCCCACUUUCCAGAGGGCACGGACAUAUCCCACAACUCCCUGCUGGACAGCAGCCUGCACAGCGCCAGUCACCAGCACCACCUCUGCCUGGGGGGCCCCGUAACCUCUGAGAGGACUGAGCCUACGUCAGCAGUCUCCGUCCCCUCAGGGGAGCAGGUCUCCUCGGACCCCUCCCUCCCAGACCUCCUUUCCCCAGCCCCCCUCACCAACGGCCUGGAUCUGGACCUAGAGGUGGGGGUGGACACUGUGCCUUACCCGCGCAAGCUCACCCUCAUCAAGCAGCUGGCCAAGAGCAUCAUCAUCGGCUGGGACGGGCCACUGGUGCCGGCGGGCUGGGGCAACGUGUGGAGCUACAAUGUGUACGUGGACCAGGAGCUGAGGCUCAACGUGCCCUUCGGCUCCCAGACUAAAGCUGUCCUGGAGAGACUAGACGUCAACCUCAAGGCCUACCGGGUGUCUGUGCAGAGCCUGACGGAGCGCGGCAGCUCAGACCAGCUCCGUUGCUCAUUACUGGUGGGUAGGGACGUGUGUGUGGCGCCUACCCAGCUCAGAGUCCACCGGGUCACCGCGACCUCGGCCAGCCUGGCCUGGCUGCCUAGCAACAGUAACUAUGUGCACAUUGUGUCCUUGAACGAGGAGGAGAUGGAGCUGGUGAAGGCUGGCAGCUACUCACUGUGCCUCAGUAACCUCACGCCCAGCCUUCACUACACAGUCAAGGUGGAGGCUCAGCCACCUCAAACCCCCUGGGAGAUACCCCAGGAGAGACGGGAACACAAGACCGCCAUCACCACCUUCACCACGUUGGCCGCAGGCCCCCCAGACGCUCCUCUGGACGUGCAGCUGGAGCAGGGGCCCUCCCCGGGCAUCGCUCUCAUCAGCUGGCUGCCUGUCACCAUUGAUGCUGCUGGGACCUCCAACGGGGUUCGCGUCACCGGAUACACAAUCUACGCUGACAAGAAAAAGGUGUUGGAGGUGUCGUCCCCCACGGCGGGCAGUGCCCUGAUGGGCCCGUCUCAGAUCCAGUCCCUGAUGGCAGCCCACGAGCUCACCGUGCGCACCGUGUCUGCCCAUGGGGAGUCCACCGACUCUGUGCCAGUCAACGUGCCCGCCAAGUUGGCCGCCAUCAUGACGGGCCAGGCUUCGGCCACCUCCGCAUCCUGCUCCUCAUCACCCCCCGUUCACCAGUCACCCCCUGUCCACCAGUCGCCAGCCUACCAGUCACCCCAUGUCCACCAGUCGCCAACCUACCAGUCACCUGCUGUCCACCAGUCUCCCCCCUUCCUGUCUUCGUCACCACCCGUCCAGCCCCAAUCCCCGUCCUACGGGAACUCAGCUGCCAAAGUCUCCACGCUGCCCUACGCCACUGCCUCGCCACCACUAGACGUCGCACACGCCAUGGGCCCCAACGGGGGGCUGCCCUCUGCCAACUCUCCCCCAGUCCACGCUCUCCACACAGAGGCCUCCUCCCCGCACCCUGCCUCGUACGCGGAGGUCUGGGCUAACCCCUUAGCAAAGUAUCCUGCCCCCCCUCAGGCUGCCUUGGCAGUGCAUGAGGCUAUGUCACCUCCAGUAGCACCAAACUAUCAGGUCAAGUUACCAUCAGUACCGUCAGCCUAUGAGGCGAUGAUGUCACCACCAAUACAACCAGCCUAUCAGGCCAUGCUACCACCAGCCUCUCACAUCAACACAACGAGCCCACGUCUAAGCUCAGCAGCAGCGAUGGAGCAGAGCAGAGCAGACACAGACAGCCCCGGAGUUCCCCGUCCCGUCAUGUCCAUCACAGACUUUUUCCCUGUGGAGGACUACUCCCGUGCCAACCUUUCAACCCCUGAGCCCUACCCCACCCCGCCCAAGGCCCCUGUGGCCCCCGCUGGGGACCUCAUCAAUCACCUGGACUCACACCAUCUCCAGCCCCCCAAAGCCCCCUCUCCCCUGGAGUCAGAGCCAGACUACUCCAUGGAGAGGUCGACCACACGCCUGGAGUCCAUGGAGGAGUUCCUCAGGCAGGACCAGGAUGCAGGCUUCAAUAGGCAGCCACAGCGUUAUACUGCUGGCCUGGUGGAGCCAGAGAGCAGCAGGGGCUCUGACCUAUCUGAUAUCCUGGAGGAAGAGGAGGACGACCUCUACUCCGACCCCCCUGGACCCGCCAUGCCCCGGGGGUACACCACCGGAGCUAACAGGGAGUCUGGCAGAGACCUGUCGAUGGAGGCUGGUGCUGGGUGGAGCGGACAGCCUGGGCUCUCUCCUAAACUGACCAGGGCAGAGGCAAUACAUCAGCUCAAAGAGAGCAUGGAUCCUGCACGGCCUAUAGGAGACAACGAGGUGCGUAUCUUUGUGGCUCUGUUCCCCUACGACCCGGUCAACAUGUCCCCCAACCCCGACGCCGCUGAGGAGGAACUGCCCUUCAGAGAGGGACAGAUCAUCAAGAUCUACGGAGACAAAGACUCGGACGGGUUCUACCGCGGCGAGUCGAACGGUCGUCACGGUUACGUGCCAUGUAACAUGGUGUCAGAGAUUCAGGUGGAGGACGAGGAGACCAGAGAGACACUCCUGCAGCAGGGCUUCCUGUCUACCGCCACAAACAUGGAGAAGAUAGGCACUCGCUCACACGCACAGCUUCCGCAUCGCCCUGUCCCACCUCCGAAACCGAGACGAUCCAAGAAAGUGGAGUCUGCUGCACUGUGGGAAGAUAGCUUAGACUCAUCCAGUCAAGAUACCAGCCAGUCUGAUGUUGCCAUGGCGAACACGGCGGGCCCCGGUCCUCGCAGGAUGAAGGCCGUCUUUGAUUACGACCCUCGAGAGAGUUCUCCCAAUGCUGACAUCGAGGUUGAGCUGACCUUCAGUGCCGGGGAUAUCAUCUAUGUGUUUGGUGACAUGGACGAUGAUGGGUUCUUCUAUGGUGACCUGAACGGACACAAAGGCCUGGUCCCAUCUAACUUCCUGCAGGCUGCCCCAGAGGCUGCUGGGAAAGCCCCACCAUUUGACCCCCAGCCUCCGCCUGUAGCCGAGCCCAGGAUAGAAUCACAGGUGAGACUGAGCAUGUUCCCAGAGGAGGUUCCACAUCCACCCCAACACACAGGGCUGACUGGCCCAGUCCACACACAUCCACCCCUACACACAGGGCUGACUGGCCCAGUCCACACACAUCCACCCCUACACACAGGGCUGACUGGCCCAGUCCACACACAUCCACCCCAACACACAGGGCUGACUGGCCCAGUCCACACACAUCCACCCCUACACACAGGGCUGACUGGCCCAGUCCACACACAUCCACCCCUACACACAGAGCUGACUGGCCCAGUCCACACACAUCCACCCCUACACACAGGGCUGACUGGCCCAGUCCACACACAUCCACCCCCUACACACAGGGCUGACUGGCCCAGUCCACACAUCCACCCCUACACACAGAGCUGACUGGCCCAGUCCACACACAUCCACCCCAACACACAGGGCUGACUGGCCCAGUCCACACACAUCCACCCCUACACACAGAGCUGACUGGCCCAGUCCACACACAUCCACCCCUACACACAGGGCUGACUGGCCCAGUCCACACACAUCCACCCCUACACACAGAGCUGACUGGCCCAGUCCACCAACACCACCUACACCUGGUUCCAUCCGCAGCAGCAGCCAUGAUGGAGCCCUCCUCCAUGGACCCAGCCCCAGCCCCAAGGCAAGCCAGCCUCAGCACCUCUCCGCCCCACGUCCCAGCAGAAAGCCACUCACAGACAGACAAAACAGACGCCUCCCCACCAGGCAAGAAAAAGAAAGGUUUCUUCUCCAAAGGGAAGAAGCUUUUCAAAAAGCUGGGAUCCAGCAAGAAGGAUUGAAACUUGGGACAUUUACCGCUCAUUGCCCGUUUUUAUUGAAAGCACUUUUACAUAUUUGUUAUCAGUCUUGGUUGUCUUGGUCUAUGUCAGGGUUCUUCAAUUCCGGUCCUGGAGGGCCGAAACACCUCUGUUUUUCAUCCUCUCCUUCU